AUGCCUUCCGCAGCGACGCUCUCGAUCGACGCGCGCAAGUGGACUGGGACGAUCGAGGCGGCAGGCGCUGACUGCCUCUGCUCUGCUAUCUCUGCGAAGAACGUUGCCCAUGUCCUGUCGACCGCCACGGUACGAGCGCCGCAGAAACAGCUUUGCGCCGCGGUGAGCAACUUUGUGCCAGCGAUGCUGGAGAACGCUCACGGCGUCUCGAUCUUGACAGCGCUGGUGCGCUAUGGCACCACGGCCACCGUUGAACAAAUCGCCAGCAAGCUCACUGCAGCGGACGAGGACGUAUGGUCGUUCGUGGCUGCUCCAAAGAAGGAGAUGACCAAAUGCCUCUCGCUGCUGCUCGAGCGGAUGGUGUACCGAGAGGACUGCACCGGCGAGUCCCACAACGCACUUUUGGGUCGGCUGAAGGCUAUCAAGAAACCGUCGCUGAUGAGCUCCUCCUUUACACUGCCCGCCACUGCUCGUCUCGCGCUGGUGGACGACGCAUUUGCUGCAGGGCUCCUGUCCUCGAGUGAGGCGCAGAAGGCGCUGGGCAAGUCAUGUCAGCACGUCGCCACCGCCGCCGCCGCGGAGGAGUUUUGCCGCACACUAUUUGAGAGGCCGAAGGACAACGCGGCCGGGGACUUUGUUUGGAAAGCACUGGCGGCUAGCAUGAAGGCAGACGCCAAGGCACACCCACGCGAGGCCCUUCUCGCCAUCCUCGCCACGCACGGACCCGUGCCACUGGUGAACAAGAUGGCCGACGCGAUGGCGCAGUGGUCGACGGUACGCGAAUUGUGCACCCGUGACUCUUACGCGCACAUCGUCGCCCACCUGCUGGAGCGCUGCGACGACGAGAGGGUUGGCAACAGGCUGGUCGCUGCCGUCAUCACGCAAGAGGCGGAUGUGACGGAGCGGAUAGGUGCGCGCAAGGCGGCCCAGCACCACCUCCUGGCGGUCCUCGCAGCGAAGUCCAGCUACGCGCAGACCCUAGAGAAGCGUCUUGGUAUCUCGCAGACGAAGCGCCUGGCAGCGGUGAAGGUACGCUUCGCAAACGCCACGCAGUCGAAGGCGACCACGACGCAGCAGGCGAUCCUCGAGAAGCUGAAGAAGCUGCCCAGCACCACCACUUCCUCCUCCGGCGCCGGGACGAAGCGCGCGCGUGAGUGA